AUGACUAUCCUGGCCUCGUGCACGGCCCUGUGCUUCUGCCUCGUGUGCAUGAAGUGUACCAAAGACACACAGAUUGUCGUAGCGUCGCUGCUGUCUGUUGUCUUUGCGCUGGCUAUGACGGCUGUGCUGGUAGGACUGUGCGUGACGGUGGUAGAGAACAUCAGCAACCCCAACUCCAUAUUCAUCUGCUUCAUCGCAUCGCUGAUUGUGUCUACGGCUCUGCUGCACCCGUCCGAGUGCUGGGUGCUGGUGCAUUCGCUGGUGUUCUUCCUGGCCAUCCCUACGUCGUACGUGUUGCUGGUCAUCUACGCAGUGGCAAACCUGCAUGUCACCUCCUGGGGCACCCGAGAAGGUGCUGUGGAGGGUACGGACACAGACGAUGAACCGAAUGAAUAUGUCUUAAGCGCGUCCUCUACGUACAAGGAGGUCAACAUAGGGUCGUUGACUAUCACAUACGGACCGUGGUAUCUAGCGUUUGGCUACAAAGCAAAGACAAACUAUCAGUCACUCGUCAACGUCAAUGACUCGAGUGCAGACUUUGACAACGAAAUCGUUCUGCUGGACACACUGCGACGCAGAGACGCACUCAGCAAAGGAAAGGGCCCCCUGAACUCGCCGGCAUUAGAAUCUGUGGCCGAAGAGGUCGAGCACACGGAAGACUUUCAAGACGCGGUAACAAGUGGGGAUAGUGUUAGGCGAUAUGACGAGGAGUCGUCUGUGUCUGAGGGAUCAUUUGUGAACGACGCAUCUGGCCCAAGCACGACACCGUCUACCGUCAAGCCCAGACAAAGGCACGGAUACGACAGCCCAGACAAGGUGUCCAGAGUGUCUUCUCUGUUCAGCACGUGCUCUGCCAUCUCAAAGCGAAUCAACGACGAAGAGCGUGAUUUCUGGGCCGUUGUAGUGCCGCGGUACCUAUCACCCAACAAUGAGACUAUGAACCCACAGGAGUUACAGACCGAACUGACGCAGAUGCGAAACUACGCCAUGCUGGGCAUGAUCCUGUUCAAUCUCAUCUGGUUGGUAGCUGUGACAGCCCUGUCAUACCAGGAGCAUCUGCAAGUGGUAGACACCAAUGUGCUGGGCCUGGUGUUCCUGACGGUAUUCUCUGGACUGCUGGUGGUUCAGUACAUAGCCAUGGCUUAUCACCGCAUAGGCACAGCGAUUCAUCUGCUGGCCACAGCGAAGAAACAGGGGGGGCGCCUAGAUAAGGUGAAAAAGGUCAAGAAACGCCCUACUAAAGUGAGCACCGACCAGACGAUGGAUGGUGUGGCCCAUGAGGACAGACAUGAGGUGCAAGUGACUGCCUUACCGACAGGCGAGGUUUAGAUAUGACAAGGUCUUCAUAUAAAUACUACGAUCCGGUUUUAUCUGACAAUAAGAUACAGA